AUUAUACAUACAGCGUAAAAAAAUUGAACACGUAGUGAGAUAUAAAACGCUCAAGAACUGGGCAGUUUCUCUCUCGUGUGUAUAUUUUAUUGUAUUAGUAUUUUUGCGGCACAAUGACUGGAGAUACAAUACCAUUGUUAAAACGAUUUCCACAGAAAUUGUGGGAUAUCAUAAACAACUGUGAGUCAGACGCAAUUCGUUGGGGGCAACAAGGAAGAAGUAUUGUUGUGGACUACAAUGUAUUUCGCGAUCAAUAUCUUAACUGCACAGCACCAUUGUUCAAAACAAGAAAUAUUACUAGCUUUGUUAGGCAGUUGAAUCUGUACGGUUUUCGGAAGAUUGUUGCUCGUGGUAACCCUUCUGGUCGGAGUCUUGAUGUUCACGAGUUCCAACACAAGUAUUUUCGCCUUGGACGGGAAGACUUACUGGUAUACGUCACCAGAAAUUAUACUAAACCCCUGGAAAAACUGGAAGAAAUUAAAAUAGAAAAUCCUCUCUCUGUGGAAAACGAGACGAAAUACGGAUCUACGUUAAUGAGAUGUCGGCAAGCCCUGGAAGAAGCACUUGAAAGAGCUGUUGCCCAGUACAAUUACCAGAGAAAGCUGUUGAUGGAAUCUGGCAAUAUAUCUGAUACCAGCUCAGAUUCAGGAUGUCAUAGCACAGAGUCAACAGGGUCUGCCUUUACAUUAUCAACAGGCAAAGAUCAGUAUUCUGAGUGGACCUCAACCUCACCACAUGUUAAACAACACUUAUUAAAAUAUGGUAAUAAGUAGAGAAACUUGUUGGUGUUAUUGACUGGCAUUAAUAGAUGGCACCAAGUGCUGAUUAAGUACUGAUAUUUAUAAAAUAGCUGUAAUUAUAUUAUUGCUGCUGACAACCAACUUGUCUAAGUUUGCAGAUGUAUCAUUUGUCUACUGAAUAUAUAGCAGAAAAUUAAAUAAGGUGUGGGUGUGUAUUUUGAUUCAGAAUCAAGCUAAACUGAAAUAAAACAUCACAUCAUCUCCACUUUUCCUUCAGUGUUAUGUGUUCAACAGUCAUUGCAUAAUGAAAAGAAUUCUGUGGAAACAAGUAAAAAUUUGUGAUGAGCUGGACUUGUUGCCUGUGAAUUCAUUUCAGUGCCCAAUUA